GCGGCCACGAAAUGUUGUGCUUUAGAAGCAAACUUAUAUAGAAAUGUAGAAAAUAUAGAAAGAUAAAUACUUAUUAUGCACAGUUAUAUCCGCAAAGUGGCAAUAAGUGGUGGUGCAAGUAGCAUAAAAUAAUUGCUUUCAUUGUUUUAAUGUUUGCAUUUAGGCGUACAAAGUGAUGCACUAAUAUCCACACCAGUUAGAGAAUGAGAAGAAAAUUAGAAUAAUAUUGAUUACGAAGUGUUUUUACUAGCAGUAGAUUAAUUCGUGAGAUUCCUUUGAUGGUUUAUAUGCAAAGAAAAAAAACGACUAACAAAUAUUAAUAAAUAAAAUCUUCUUUGGGUAUGAAAAUUAUAUGGUAGCAAAUUGCAUUAUAAAAAACAGCAAAAAAGCACUGUAUGCUUAUAUAUGUAUGCACAUAUGUGGUAAACCCAUCACUGAAUGACGAAGUGAUGACCCGUACGAUGGGCGUAAAUUUGGUUUGAAGAGCUGGCGCAAAUAAUACUCACACAACUGUAUAGGAGUAAGCCAAAUUAUAGUGCGGCAGGGCAGUUUUCAUUGAUUGAGGAGUUCCAGCUACUAAAAGCGCAUUUUUGACUAUUUUUACACAAGGCUGAUGAUGACUAGCAAAUAGUAAUUCAACCUGUAACACAUAACUGGCAACGAUGUGAAAGGAUUAUGACCCAGUUUUAGAAAGACAAAACGAAGAAGACUAAACCUACAUUUUAGAAAGUAUAAAAAGCAGAAGAAUAGCGAAAUAAACGAAAAGUGUACAUACAGCGAAAAAAAGUCUAAUAGAUUGAUUGGAGAAGUGAAUGCAUUGAAGUCGGCUCUCAGAUGAACUGUUAAUGUGACGAAGUGUAAUCUACGGAUGCAUUGAAAGUACUAUAGUUUGCACACGUUAUUGAUCUCCCACCAAAUGCCAAAUGACAAAUACGAGUUCAUGUUUCUAAAUGACAGAAUAUGAAAAAAGUCACAUCUAUAAAAAAAAUAUAUAAUAAAUAUAGAAUUAAAUAAUGUAUACUCGAAGUACAAAAAGUGCAAUUUACCAAAAGAAAACCUUAUCACACACAUACUUACACGUACAUAAACUUGUAUGUGAUUAGAAAGUACUCACAUUAACUAUCCUUAUUGAAAUUUAGUGAUAUUACGCGCAUCCUUUGAUUACACGAAGCCAAUUCAAUGUACAUGGAAUAUAAAUUGGCAAUUUGUGAAUCCGUAUAAGUGCGGCUCCUAAGUUAACCGCAAUUGAAGUUAGCAGAACUUAACAAAGCACGGAAGUACAGCUCAUUUUGUGCAUUGCUUUGAACUACGUCCAAUGCCGCUGAUCAAAGAAAACUUGCAGCUCCUUCGAAUUAGUUCAUUAGCGGCAUUCGUCAGCAACGUAGCUUUAAUAACAGAACAUUUAAGUACUUAAGUAAUACUUGCACACUUAAAUAAUAUUGCUGCUUCCAAUUAUGCUGCCCUGGUGGUGUUAUGUGUUAAUUGUGGGGCUGGUGCUUUAUGCUCUAUUCGAACUCCAUUACUUCCUGCGUAUGUGCCUUUGUGUAAUUUCAGCGCGUUUCGUUAAGGGUAAAUGUCACAUUUUGGAAACGACCACAGUAGGAGGUAUCUGCCUCACUAAUGACAUCGACUGGUUGCUGUACCACAUGAACAAUGCGCGUUACUUGCGAGAGUUGGAUUUUGCACGAGUCGAUUUCUAUGAGCGCACAGACUUGUAUCGGACAAUAAAAGGAAAAGGUGGUUCUGUCUUUCAGGGAGCAGCUACCAUACGGUAUCGGCGCUUUAUCAGACCCUAUCAUCGUUUUCAAAUACAAUCACGAAUCAUCUAUUGGGACGAUCAAUCUGUUUAUAUGGAACAUCGUUUUGUAAGGCCCUCCGAUCAAUUCGUACACGCCAUUGCAAUAUGUCGGCAACGCAUUGUCGAUUGCUCAGCGGAUGAGGUGAUGAAUGAAUUAUUGGCACCUAAAAGUAUGCAAUUGCAAGCUUCUCACAAUACUGUUACCUCAACGGCGAGCCUGGAGAAUAAUAGUACUGUAACCACAACAAAUUUGGAUGUGGCCGAAAAUGGACAAGCACGUGUUAAAUUGAAACCUGAUGUGCCACCGGAGAUUCAAAAAUGGAUCGAAUAUAAUGAUUUGUCAAGUAAGAAUCUACGCGCCAAUUGCUGAUAGUUAUGGGCAGUAGAAUUGCAGAUAGUCAAUCUAAAUACUAUACAAAUACAUACAAAAAGUGCUUACUUAGUUUAUGGUUAUGCGUGUCUACAUAUUCGAGUACAUACAUAUGUGCAUAUAUACAAACAUAUAUAAAUUUAAAUACGUAUAUAUUUAUGUAGUUGCACUUACUAAAUGCUAAAGAAAAAUAGAAAAUUGCGAAGAAGAAAGAAUUUAUUUAUUUUUGGAAAUAAUUUUAGUAUUCAAAUCUUGAUAAAAUAUUUUUGUGUUAAUUUUUAGUUUUCUAUACAAAUAGAAAUAUGUAAAUUUUGGAGUGAGAUCAACGUAUAUGCCAAUGUGAAAGAUGAACUACCUAAAAUAAAUGUAUGUGUAAAUGUGUGCAAAAAGGAUGAAUCCUAUACCAAUAAAUAAAGGCAAAUUUGUAGAAAAUCCUCA